CAAGCAUGAAACGUAUAAGAGUGUCGGCGCGAUGCGUAUCCGUCUGUUUCAUCCAAUGGAUUUCUUCUUACCUUUCGACCGUAUCACAACUAACUCAUAAACACGCGAGCUAUAGUUCUACUACCUCAUUUGUUUUCAACACCACAAUGGGUUUAUUUUAAUUCGGAUAUAUAAAAAUCACACUUUUUUAUAUUUUUUUCUUUAAAAAAAACUUCAAAUAAACAGUGAUUACAUUUUCUUUUCACUGGGACUUUUCGAUGGAUUUGUUGCAUGUUUUUAAUUCAAGAGAAUCUCGCUGUUUACAGAGAUAAGGGGGAUAACCGAGCAAGACAUGAAAAACUAAACUUACUUUUCGUCAUUGUUAACAAUUCAAGUAGAGUUUCAUGAAUAAAAUUAUGAAAUCUGUGCUUGAAGGUCAAGGCUACGAUGUCCUCAACCCAUAAGCAUGAGUGUAGUCAAGUGAAGAACAACAUGUGACGUAGAGACCUGAGACAUUCAACUUACAACUGACGUCAUAAUAUCCAAGAAAUUAAAAUGUCCGGAUUUUACGAUUUAGAAAGUCGAAGGUCGAAAGAAUUCGCGCACUACAAUCCAAGCAAAGGAACGUUUCGACGGCUGCAGUCGCGGGAUCGAAUCCAAGUUGACCGAGAGAACAAUGCCGGUCUUCCAUCAGACAAAGACACCACGACAGAGGGGGGUGUGGAGUUCUACAACGAGUCUGCUGUUGAUGUGGAGUUUCCCGAUACUCCAAAAAUAAACAACGCCAAGUCAUUGACCUUAAACACAAGUCCGUCACCAACAGUCGUGACGCCACCUGCGGUCAAGUCAGGCACCACACCGCGGGAUUCCGGACAAGUUUUAUCCGCUUCCGUUUCUCUGGACAGUUCGUCAAGCAGCAACCAAGUCACCCCCAACAAAAGAUCCCACAAAAAAUCAAAGUCCCUGGAUAUCAAGACGAAAUCCGAAUCAACAGAGAAAAGACACAGCGGACUUUUCGGACUACUUUCCAAAACAUGGAGAAAGCGAGACAACGGAGAGGAUGGUAAAGACGAUAGCAAGAAGAAGAAGAAGAAGAAAUCUUCAGAAAGCAGCGGUCAUUACUCGGACAGCUCAAACAGUAGCUCGUCCGAUGAUCACGACCGUAAACAUCGUCACAAGAAGACGAACAAAAACAACAUCAGUCAAGAGAUGUUUGAGAUUCAACUACCCUCCAGCAACUCAAAGUCGUCGCUUGCUGACGUCACUAACCAAACGGUGACGUCAUUGUCCGAUAGUUUUGACACAGCCGUUGUUGGCGAGACGGUGGACACGAUGAAAAAUGGCGGGGGGAAAUCUGGACCUCGCUUAGACCAGGAGCUGAACGUCGACGUGUCGGUGACGCUAAAACCUAAUGGCGUUUUGGUAGAGACGUGCCGUGACGUCGCAGAACUGGACGACGGACGUAAGGCAACGGGCGAUGACGUCAUGGGGUUGGGUGUUGACCAAAAGAUAAACGGACAUUUUGAUGACGCUACUGGGCUUAACACUGGGAUAAAAACAAAAGAAAAUGGAUUUGAAUAUGAUGUCACAGAUGAUGGUCAGAAAAUGAAUGGAAUGGUGGAUGACGGCAUUGAGUUCGAUGCUGGUCACACGGCCUAUGAUAGCGAUAGCAGCGACAGCGAUGAUAGCGACAUUGUUGUCGAGGUUGGGAAACACAGCAAAAUGGAUAUUGAACACAAGAUGGACAUUGAACACGGCAAGGUGGAAAUCGAACACAGCAAGGUGGACAUUGAACACAAGAUGGACAUUGAACACGGCAAGAUGGACAUUGAACACGGCAAGAUGGAUAUAGAACACAGCAAGAUGGACAUUGACCACAAGAUGGACAUUGAACACAAGAUGGACAUUGAACACAAGAUGGACAUUGAAAACAAGAUGGACAUUGAACACAAGAUGGACAUUGAACACAAGAUGGACAUUGACGAGAACAUGAACUUACAAGCCGGAAUUUCACCACAUUUAUAUACAGAGGUGGGAAUCUCUCCAAACAUCGACACAGAUAAGGUGGCAGUAUCUUCCAAUAAAGAGGUGGGAAUCUCUCCCCAAACUGACGUGGGAAUCUUUCCACAUACAGGAAAAGUGGGAAUCACUACACAUACAGAAGUGGGAAUCUCUCCCAACAUUGACACAGAGAAGGUGGUAAUACCUCUCCAUACAGAAAAAGUUGGAAUCUCUCCCAACAUCGAUACCGAGAAGGUGGUAAUAUCUCCCCUUACAGAAAAAGUGGGAAUCACAACCCACUUCGAUACAAACAUGGUGGAAAUCUCUCCCCAUGUAGAAAAGGUGGAAAUCUCUCUCCACACAGAAAAUGUGAGAGUAAUUCCCCACAUGGACACGGAGAAGGUUGAAAUAUCUCUCCACGAAGCGAAAGUAGUAAUCUCUCCCCACACAGACAAAGUGGGAAAAUCCCCCCACAUGGACCCAGAGGAGACGGAAGUCCAUCAGCACAGUGCCCACAGACGUGAAUCUACCUCAAGCUCCUCAAGCUCCUCAAGCUCUGGGUCAUCGUGCCCUGAAGAGGAGCUCCACCCCGACCAAUGCCACUCGGUGAAAUCUGAGGGUCCAGUUGCCACUAGUCCAGGUCACGAUGACCCGAGCCAGCAGAGCGUGACGUACUUUGGUCCAGUGGUCCUCGGCAAGAAGUCUCCCAAGGGAGGCGAAUACGUGGACAUCAUCAUCCCACCUAACAGAUAUCCUGAGUUAUCCGCCCCUGCUGGUUACGUGGAGCAAGACAGAAUUGAUGUAAGCGCAGCUGGAAUGUUCGAGACUAACUGGCCAUCAGGACGUAGUGACGUCACUGAGCCCCCAUCGACUACACACCAGACCUGCGUAGGCCGUGACCAGUCCCCAGAUGUACCGAUAGAGCAAUUAGUCCCACCGGCUCUAAUUACCGAGUGCAGGGAUGUGCAAGGAGCAGGCCCACAGCGCGCGUCUGUGAAAUCCGAAGACGCGGACACAACAGAUAACACACUACAACUUUCACCAGAUAGGAAAACAAUAGACGUGCAGCGAGUGAACGACACGGACACACGUCAAGACUCGGUGCCAGAGAAAUCAUGGUGUGAUAUUCCUGAGCUGACAACUCGUGUUGAAAUCGUCACCGAGGAAACAACUUUUCCAGUGGAUAGCCGCAAGUAUGAGUCAGCACGUACAGGAAGCGAUGAAGUAGAUGCAUCAUAUAAUAAUACACUUGAGAUCGAAUGUGGGAAGAUAACUCUCGACGCUAAAACACCAUGGGAGACCACUUCCCCGAGUGAUGGGACAUCCGUGGACCAGCCUAAUCCAAACAUCUAUAUCAGGUCAGACGGGAAACGCGUGGAAUACCUGGACCCCAAAACAUUUUUGAACCGCUCAAAUGGAUCAGGAAAAAAAUCCAAGGAGCUAUUCCAUGCCGUGACAGUAUCCAAUUUAUCCACAGAGUACAAGGUCACAGAAACCAGAAGGUACGAGGUCAUUGAAAGUUCUUACCGUGUGACGUUUGUUACGGAACCAGAACCGGAAGCGGAAUCAAUUGAUAUUAUCAAAAUCCCGAACCUCACCGUGCACGAGCAUAACAUCACGUGUCAGCACCCCAUCGGUGAGGAAGUUUUGACAACCCAGCAGUUAAAACAAAAGGUUGAGAAACAUGUGCCUCAUACUGUAGAAAGUCAACCGGAACAAGUUCUGCAACACGCUGUGCAACUUGUUCCUAUCCAGCACGAUCGCCACGAACAAGCACAAGCAGUGCCUACAGAAACGGAACCCCAAAAAGAAAGUCAACACAUUGAGAAACUUGUUCCAGUCAAACAGGUGCAUCAGAAAGAAGAUUUGCAAAACACUGUGCAACCUGUUCCAGCUAAAGAGGAACAUUACGAAGAAGUUCUGCAACAGACACGAUUUGUUCCCACUAAACAGGAGUAUAUCGAUAAAACACAGCAACAAAGUGAGCAACUUGUUUUAAAAGAAAAGGAACACCCAGACGAAACUCAGCAACAAAUCCUGCAACUUGUUCCAUCUAAACAGGAACAUCAAAAAGACGCUCGUUACACUGAGCAACAAGUCCCAACUAAGAUGGAUCACCAACCGCAAGAAACCAAAGAAACAACGAUCCAGUGCGUCACAGUACAGCCAGACCAGACUUGUGUAGUUGUGGAAUGUUCCAGCCCAGUCAGCUCGCCCAAACUUUUGUUCAAACAGAUCCAGGCUCUCGACCUACCCGAGUCUAGUGUGGACAGGAAAUCUAAGGGGGAGAAAUCAAAACGUAAACUUUCCAGCAGCUCUUCUUCAUCUAGCGAUGACGAGCAUGAUGCAAGACACAAGAAGGUUCAUGAACUACCUCAGUCAAAGGUCGACAUCAAGUAUGGGAAAAGCGAGACUAGAGUCUCACGUAGUUCUUCAUCUUCGAGUGAUGCAGGAGACGAUGACAGAUAUAAAGAGUUACCUGAAUUACCUGCACCAAAGAUUGAAAUUACUAAAAGUGGCAAAAAAAGCAAAGACAGAUUCUCUCGUAGUUCCUCAUCUUCUAGUGAAUCUGAGCGCGAGUCUUUAGAAAAAGAGGCUGAUGAGUUACCUGAAUCAAAACCUGCUAUCGAUGAGGUGCUAGUGAAAGACGUAGGUAAAAUGUCACGUAGCUCAUCGUCUUCGAGCGAUGCUGACCAACAUGCUGACCAUGAUGCUGACCAUGAUGCUGAUGCCAGUCAUCACGAAGUACCCCAAGUAAUGGUUGACCUCAGUGCUGUACACAAGGAAACCAAACUCUCACGUAGCUCAUCGUCCUCAAGCGACACUGACCAUUCAGCUGACCAUUCAGCUGACCAUUCUGCUGACCAUGAUGCCAGGCAUCACGAGCUACAGCUAGGCAUUGACGUCAGCAGUGAGCACGAGAAACCUAACCUUUCACGUAGCUCCUCAUCUUCUAGUGAAUCUGGCCAUCACACUGGCCAGUACGUCAUCAACGAGAUACAAGAGAAUGAGAUGGAUAAAAUGUCAAGCAAUUCAUCGUCUGAUACCGAUCAUGAUGCUGACAAUAAUGCCAAUUAUCCCGAGGUACCUAAACUCACGUUUGACCUUAGUACUAAACAGGAGAAAACCAAACUGUCAAGUAAAUCUUCGUCUUCAAGUGAUACCGUCCACGGCCCCGGCCUAAACGAGACACCAGUUUUACCAGAGAUAAGAUUUGACCCCAGUGGAGAUCAAGACCAGCAUAAGGCGAGAGUGUCACGAAGCUCUUCUUCCUCCAGCGAUUCCUCUGAACACGAUUCUCAUCAUCAGGAUCAAGAAGCCCCUGUUGAAAUUGUAGAAUACGCCAACACAAUAGGACAUUUAGAUAACAAAGUUAACCAUAAGGAUAUCACCAGUACUAAAGCUUCAGACAACCAGUUGCCUUAUACAAACACAAGUGCAGAGAGAGAAGAGAAAUACGUGUUUGUGGAGAAAGAUGCUAUCACAGUGGGUAAGACAAAUCUAGAAAAACCAACAGAACAAAGUGUUUUUAUCGAUACACAUGCAAGUCUAACAUGUCCUGUUAUUGGUAAUGUAGCAUCUGACGUCAAAACGUUACCAGACGACGUAUUCACAAACGAGACAGAUGGUGUUUAUGUAAACAUUGCUAGCGUAACACCGUUGAAUGGACUUGAAGAGCAGUGUGAAUAUGACACACCUAGAUUUGAACCAAUCAAAGUCAAUAACGAAACCGACACACAACACGAUGAUUGGAGCGAGGAGACUAUCAAUGCAGUCUGUGGUGUACAGGUCAAACCAGACGGGUCAUCACUCUCUGAUAAACUCUCAAAUCACGUGGGCAACAAGCAUGAACCAGACAUGAAUCUCUACGAAAACGUAUCUUUUCAAAACAGCGAACCCAAAAAGAGAAGUUCUAAAAAACGUCAUUCAUCUUCAUCAUCUUCUUCUUCGUCGUCUUCGGAUGAUGAGAGUAAAACCAAGGACAUUAUUAAACCAAAAGAGACACUUGAUGACAGUAAACCAGAAGAUAUCAAACUAAAGCCUACACUAGCAGUUCUAGUCGAGCAGACAUUGCCACAGAAGAAUGAAAUAAUUUCUCCAACUGAAAUUCCCUUUGUAAACAAAGACGUUCAGAUCCAGGUACAGAAUGUACAUGAGAUUCCUUCUAAAACUUUACAGAUCACAGCUAAAGAACCAGAAGGGCCUACACUUGCGGGCAUUGAUGAUGGUAAAGUCGAGAUAAGGAUGUCUGGGAAAAAGGAAGAUGGUGUGGAUAUUAAAGCUCAGGCUUCACCCGAAUCCCCACCAGAACAAUCACCGUCCAAAAGAAAAAGCAAGUUGUUUAGUUGGCCGUUUAAAAAGAAAAAGAAGCAAACUGAGCCAAAGCAAGAUGAAAAAGCGACAAAUGUAAAAGUUGAAACACCUUCUGUGAAGGUUGAAAUACCUUCUGUUAAAGCUGAUACUCCAUCUGUUAAGGUUGAUAAGCCAUCACUGAAAGUUGAUACACCAUCACUGAAAGUUGAUACACCAUCACUGAAAGCUGAUACGCCCUCUCUGAAUGUCGAUACGCCAUCUCUGAAAGUUGAUACACCAUCUUUGAAAGUUGAUACACCAUCUGUUAACUUUGACAAGCCAUCUGGUAAAGUUGAUACACCAUCACUUAAAGUUGAUACACCAUCACUGAAAGUUGAUACACCAUUACUGAAAGUUGAUACACCAUCACUGAAAGUUGAUACACCAUCACUGAAAGUUGAUACACCAUCACUGAAAGUUGAUACACCAUCUCUGAAAGUUGAUACACCAUCACUGAAAGUUGAUACACCAUCACUGAAAGUUGAUACACCAUCACUGAAAGUUGAUACACCAUCCUUGAAAGUUGAUAAGCCCUCUCUGAAGGUUGAUACACCAUCAGUUAAAGCUGAUAUGCCACCUGUUAACGUUAAAAACCCAUCUGUUACAGUUGAUGCACCAACUCUGAAAGCUGAAACCCCAUCUGUUAGCGUUGAUAUACCAUCACUAAAAGUUGAUACCCCAUCUGUUAAAGUUGAUGUCAAACAGGACAAAUCUCCUAAACGGACUGAAAGACCUCCGCCUAGAACAUCAACUCCAGUUGGUAAAUCAGACCCCGAAGAACAUAAAACAGUUGCUAAAUCAGUGUCCAACUCCUCGACAGACUCUUCUUCCAACACAGAACCCGGACCCAGCCAAACAGGAGCCUCAGAAAAGAAGGAUUUAACCCUGAAAAGAGAUUCGAUAAAAUCAUCUUCUUCUUCAUCUUCGGGUAAAUCAACACCUCAAGCGGUUAAAGAAGAAUCGUUCAGUUUCGAUGUAAAGACACAAAAAGAAUCACUGAGUGAUUUAUGGGACAAGCUUUGUCCAGAUCUUAAAGAUAAAUCAGAAAAUGAUACAACUUUGACCAAUGUUUCGACGAUAUCUUCAGCGUCAUCUAAAGACAGAAAAUCAAGCAAGUCUAGUUCUUCAUCAAGUCAAUCAGAAUCAAAAGAUAAAUCCAAGAAGAAAACCAGCAAACAAUCAAAUAAUGAACCCGCGGAAGUUAAAGGGGAUAAACAUCAUGUAGUUCUACCAGACGUAAAACAUGACGUAAAACCAGACAAAAAGAAAAAAGGAAUCAAUUUUAAAUUCUGGAAUCGAGAAGGUCCCAAAAAUUCGAUACCCGUAAACGGCGAGUUAUCUAUGGAUGUUCCUGUCAAAUCAGUGACUGUAGAACCAGCUGCAGAUAUUCCGAAUAUACAGAACACAGAUCGUUCCAUAAAGCCGAAAGAAAUAGAGAUGACCACGGGUGACAUGAACGCUGUUAUUUUCGCUGCUUCAGCCCCAAGUGAUUGGUCUCUUAAUUUCGAAACUGAACCCAGAGGAAAGGACGGCAGCGACAACAUUUCCACAAGCUCGUCUUCAGAUGACGAUGUGAAGAAAGCACUCGAGACAAUCAAGCUAAAGGAUAUCGACAUGAAUGUGGGCAAAUCUUCUUCAUCUUCGAGCUCUGGUAGAUCUACGCCUUUAGAAAUGCAAGAAGAAUCUUUAAUUGGACCAGAUAAUUCAGUGCCUGAAGAAUCACUCAGUGAAAUGUGGAACAGACUUUGUCCGGAUCCUCGAGAAAAAUCAGAUUCUGGUUUUUAUUUUCAAACAGACACGAGCUUGACCUUUGAUUCAGAUAUUUCCUCGCACCCUCUGAAGAAGAGAUCGUGGAGUCACUCGAGCUCCUCUUCAAGCCAAUCAGACGGGGAGAAAGAGAAGCCAUCCGUGGAGAUUGGCCUAGUAGCACCAAACGAUGAACAUGUUUUCUCACUACCAGAAAUUAAAACAGAUUUUGAAGUUUCACGUCGCGAUAGCAAGUCAGACAAAUCCUCAGAAAGUGGAGACCAUGAAAGCCCUUCAGUCAAGGUAGAGAAGGUCGAGGUCAUUCAUGUUACAGCUGAUGCUGAGAAAAAACUAGAAAUCGUAGAACCUAAAACUACAGACAACAGCAAGGAUGCUAAAGACACCACUGCGGAUUUGGGAAAGAAAAAGAAAGAGAAGAAAAGUGAGAAAGAAAAAGGAAACAAAAAACGAGGAUCUUUUUUGAAGUUUUUCAGUCGUGAUGACUCAAAACACACCAAAGCAGCGAGUACAGAAACAAGCAAAGGGCAAGAAAUUGCCCAAGAUUCGUCACAAGCCCAAAAAGACGGUAACGAAAAAGUCGCACCAAAGAAACCCGACAGUCACAAGAAAAAAUCUCCCACCAGUAAAUCCAAGCCAAAGAGAAAACUCAGCAAAAAGGGCGAGAAAGAUUCUUCCUCUUCUAGCUCUUCCUCUGACGAGGAGAGCAAAGAUAAACCUGGCAAAGAAACUGCCAAAGACUCCCACGCUGAUGCUUCUGUACAAAGACAAGACUCGCAGGCUAAGGAGAAAUUAUCGCUUAAGAUCGAGAUAGAUCAACAGAAGCAACAGACUGAGUCAGGCGACGCCAUCCUAGUCAAAUCACCAACAUCCCCUAAGUCACAAAAAACAGGGAAAUUCCCCAAAUUUCUCCCUUUGCUCCGUUCACCUUCAAAGAAAGAAAACGACCUUCUAGAGAAGGAACUGGCCAAUAACCAGUGUCGCUUUGACGGCCAGUACCAUCGGGAAGACGACAUCUCACAAGAUGUUCCCGAGCCUAAGCAGGCAGCAAUAUCUGUCCCUAAACAAGACAGGCAAGACGUUCAAGCUCCUGACGACGGCGACAGCAAACAUGGAUCUCUUGAGAUCCCUGACGCUAACGUCGACCUGGACGAUAAAGAACAGGCUGCACGUGCGGCUUCCUCUUCUGAAACAGGAGUAGAGAAAGAUGUUGACAGCAGAAGAGAGAGUGUCGUGUACAAACAACUUCGACAUUUUGUCGUGGUGGCUGUUGAUUUUGGAACAACACACAGUGGAUACGCCUUCAGUUUCGUCCGUGACCCCAGCAGCGUGUACAUGAUGAGGAGGUGGGCAGGGGAGGAGCCAGGUGUGGUCAAUCAAAAGACACUGACCUCCCUGCUGCUGACCCCCAAAGGCGAGUUCCACAGUUUCGGCUACAGCGCUCGCAGCAAUUACCUCAACUUGGUGCCAGUCGAGGCCAAGCAUUGGAUGUACUUCAGCACUUUCAAGAUGGAGCUGCACCACAACUCGGAUUUGAACCGUGACACGAAGCUGGUGGCUGUGAAUGGAGCCAGGUUCUCAGCGCUCAAGAUUUUCUCUUUCGCUCUUGAGUUCUUCAAGAACCACGCCCUGCAGCAGCUGAGUGACCAGUCGGGGACGGAGCUGUUGAAUGAGGACAUCAGGUGGGUCAUCACUGUCCCAGCCAUAUGGAAGGCUCCAGCCAAACAGUUUAUGCGGCAAGCAGCCUACGAGGCGGGUAUGGCCAGCCCUAACUUCCCCGAGCAGCUGCUCAUCGCUCUAGAACCCGAGGCAGCCGCCAUUUACUGCCGGAGACUGCGCAUGCAUCAGCUGGUGCCCGAGCAUCCAAUCAACAGGCCGCUCCAGUCGCCCACUCGUGAAUCUAUAGAAAUCAUCAACGCUGAUCUGGCAGUCAUUGAGCUCACCCUUGGAUCAAGGUACAUGAUUGUUGAUUGUGGGGGUGGCACCAUAGACAUCACAGUUCACGAGCUGGAUUCUGUUGGGCACAUCAAAGAACUGCUGAGAGCAUCAGGAGGGCCUCAUGGAUCUAUAGGUGUUGAUGCAGAGUUUGAGAAGCUGUUGUGUGGAAUCUUUGGAAUAGAGUUUGUAGAGCAGUACAAGCGCAAGUUUCCCAUGGGCUGGGUGCAUCUGAUGACAGACUUUGAGUCCAGGAAAAGGUCGGCCUCGCCUUACAAGAACACCUCGCUAAAUGUGUCCCCGCCUUUUACUUUUAUUAAUGACUACAAGAAACACAAGAGUGAUCCAGAGAAUGCAGUGAAGAAAUAUGGUGACUCAGAAGUGGAGUGGUCACCACAAGGCAUGCUAAGGCUGACACCAAUUGCAAUGAGAAGACUUUUCCUGCCCACCCUCACCCACAUCAAGCAAGCCAUUGGAGAUGUCCUCAAUCACCCUAAUGCUAGAGAAAUCAAGUACAUGUUUUUAGUGGGAGGUUUUGCAGAGUCCCCCAUACUUCAACAUGAGAUGAGAUCAGAGUUUGGGAAUAUCAUGAAAAUCCUCAUCCCUCAAGAAGUCAGCUUAGCCAUUCUCAAAGGUGCUGUGCUGUUUGGCAUAGAUCCCUCUAUUGUUAAUGUGAGGAGAUCCAGGCUAACCUAUGGAGUUGGGAUCUUAAAUCGCUUUGACCCUGACCUUCAUCCAGCCUCCAAACGAGUGAGAAGAGAUGGUGUGGACUGGUGCACGGAUAUUUUUGACAAAUAUGUUGAGACUGACCAGCCCAUCAUGUUAGGCAAUACAGUUGUGAGGAGUUAUACACCAGCUAAAAAAGGUCAGCUGAAUAUAGUCCUAAAUAUCUACAGCUGUGAGAAUUCAAAUGUCAAAUUUAUCACUGACCCCAGCGUCACACGAUGCGGAACCCUGUGCCUUAACCUACCCGUGUUGGAUGAAGAUGUGGAUGAGGAAGCAGCGAAGAAGAAAACAGGUCCGCGAGAGAUCCAGGCAAGAAUGUCUUUUGGUGACACUGAGAUCAAUGUUGUUGCCAUUGAUGUGAAUUCAGGAAAAGGAGUCAAAGCUAGUGUCGAUUUUCUUGGCAGAUAAUUUUUUUUAUGCUAAUGUACAGGGAGAAUACUGUGCAAUGUUUUUAAAAUUGUAUUAUAAAAUCUGUAUUGAUAAAUAUAGACAGUCUGUGUAUUGAUAUUAUUUUUUGUAUGCAAUAAACAAUUACUAAAUUCAUGCAUUUUAUUAUUGUUGCAAUAUGUCAUAUUUAUACAUAUAAUAUAUAUAUUAUUCAUUGUUCUUUAAAAUAUUUAAUAUUUCUUUUAUCAAGACAAGAAAUUUGACUUAUUUUUGUCAAGAUUUUGACUUGUUUUGAAAGUUUGUUUUAGUAAACAAACUACAUUAGAAAAAGGAUUGUCCUGAUUAAGAUAACUUAGAAGGCUAAUGAUGUAUUAUUUUAUACAAAACUGACAAUCCAAAUGGUUUCAUGAUACUUGUAUUAAGUUUUACAUACAGUAAUUAUUGACAUAUCUAUAUAUGCCAAAGCAAUUAACUUUUAAUGUUGCAUCAUAUUAUAUAUUUUUUCGGUUUCUAUGAUUAAUGAGGUAAUUAAUCUUGGCCUAACAGCAUACACUUUGUACUUAGUGCCUUGAUGUCAUUAAAUUUACAUAAGCUUUUUGGCUGCAUGUUGAAUUAUUUUUUGCAUACAUUUUCCAUUUUCUUGUUACAUUGUAUUGAUUAUAGCUAUGUGAUACACGCCAAGUUCAUUUUGGAGUGUAGAAAAUUAUUGCAGUGAAUUGUAACUUUAUUUGCCCAUUAUUAAUAUUUGUAGUCACAAAUGAUAUUACUUUAUUGACAGAACAUUGAAAUUAGUUUCUGAGCCAUAAUAUGAGCUGUAAAUUCUUCAACCACAACUGCAGGCAUUCAUACCUUACCAUUUGACACUUACUUCCUCAUGACUUUUAUUCCAAUACAUUAUUUCCUUUAGCAAAGCAUCACUUACAUUACAUCUCUCAAUGUUGAUUAUAUGAUAGAUAUCCUUCCAAAUAUUUUCAGCAAAUUUUGCUUUGUACUUACUUAGAUGUUCCUUCACGAUUGACUUGCUCCCAAAGUAAUUUUUGCUCUCCAAUGUUAUCAAUAUAUUUCAUGUAACUUUUAUAACUACCCUAACCUCCCCAGUAAUUCUCCAUUAAAGGCAACAGCAAAAAAUCAAUGCUCAGAUGUGCACUAUUUAUUUCAUUCCUUCAAUGUACUCUCUCUAUUGUUUUAAAGAGAACCCAUUACAGGCUUUGCUAAUCUAUAACUAUUUAGUCCCCACUAACUAUACAUGUAUUGAUCAAUUGUAAAGUCACACUGAAGAUGAUGUGUGCAUCCAUUCAAAUAAAUUUUCUAAAUGUAUACACAA